AUGGGUGGGGCCGUCCGGAGAGGCGAGUGGGGAGGGCGGGCCCGGGACUGGGGCUGUGGCUCGGGGACAGGCCAGGGAUGCUGUCGCUGGACAGGCCUGCUGGGCGUGGGUUGUGGCGAAGGCAUGGCGAACGUGCGAGUGGCCCUGAGGGUCCGACCCCUCAGCAAGAGGGAGACCAAAGAUGGUGGAAGAAUUAUCAUGGAAGUUGAUGGCAAAGUGGCAAAAAUCAGGAAUUUAAAGGUGGACAGUCGGUCAGAUGGCUUUGGGGACUCCCGGGAGAAGGUUGUAACAUUUGGCUUUGAUUACUGCUACUGGUCAGUCAACCCAGAGGACCCCCAAUAUGCAUCUCAGGAUGUGGUAUUCCAGGAUUUGGGGACUGAAGUGCUAUCUGGAGCUGCCAGAGGUUACAACAUAUGCCUUUUUGCCUAUGGACAGACAGGCUCUGGGAAGACGUAUACCAUGCUGGGGACCCCAGCCUCCGUAGGACUGACACCGCGGAUAUGUGAGGGUCUCUUCAUUAAGGAGGAAGACUGUUCUUCACUGCCUUCCUCCUGUAAGAUAAAAAUAAGUUUCCUGGAAAUAUAUAAUGAGCGGGUACGGGAUCUAUUGAAGCAAUCUGAUCAGAACAAAUCCAAUCCCUUGAGGGUCAGAGAGCACCCAGAGAUGGGGCCCUAUGUACAAGGUUUAUCUCAACAUGUAGUUACCAGCUAUAAGCAAGUAAUUCAACUCUUGGAGGAGGGAAUAGCAAACAGAAUCACAGCAGCCACCCAUGUUCAUGAGGCCAGCAGCAGAUCUCAUGCCAUCUUCACGAUCCACUACACACAGGCAAUCCUGGAGAACAACUUCCCCUCUGAAAUUGCAAGUAAGAUCAACCUUGUGGACCUAGCAGGCAGUGAAAGAGCUGAUCCCAGUUACUGUAAAGACCGGAUUACUGAAGGAGCCAAUAUCAACAAAUCCCUUGUGACUCUGGGAAUUGUCAUCUCUACCUUAGCCCAGAACUCCCAAGUAUUCAGCAGCUGCCAGAGCCUCACCAGUGCAGCCAGCAAUGGUGGUGACAGUGAGAUCCCUGGUUCUCACUCUGGGACCAGCAGUGGAGGGGGACCUGCCCGGAGGCAGUCUUACAUCCCCUAUCGGGACUCUGUGUUGACCUGGCUGCUGAAGGACAGCCUUGGAGGCAACUCCAAAACCAUCAUGGUUGCUACUGUGUCUCCUGCACAUACCAGCUACAGUGAGACCAUGAGCACCUUGAGAUAUGCGUCCAAUGCCAAAAACAUCAUCAACAAGCCCCGAGUGAAUGAGGACGCAAAUGUAAAGCUGAUCAGAGAACUCAGAGAGGAGAUCCAAAGACUGAAAGCCAUGUUGUUGAGUUUUGAACUGAGGAACUUCACUUCACUGGAUGAUGAAAAAGAUGACAAUCUGAAGGAACUGGUUCUCCAAAAUGAGCUGAAGAUUGACCAGCUGACUGAAGACUGGACCCAGAAGUGGAGUGACUGGAAGGCCCUCAUGGAGCACUACAGCGUGGACAUCAACAGGAGGCGGGCAGGGCUGGUCAUUGACUCCAGUCUGCCACACUUGACGGCCUUAGAGGAAGAUGUGCUUAGCACAGGUGUUGUGCUUUACCACCUCAAGGAGGGGACAACAAAAAUAGGAAGGAUUGACUCAGCCCAGGAACAGGAUAUUGUCCUGCAGGGCCAGUGGAUCGAGAGAGACCACUGCACCAUCACCAGUGCCUGUGGCGUGGUCAUUCUGCGGCCCACCCAGGGGGCCCGCUGCACGGUGAAUGGCCGACAGGUCACUGCCUCCUGCCGUCUGACCCAAGGGGCAGUCAUAACCCUGGGGAAAGCACAGAAGUUCCGAUUUAACCACCCAGCAGAGGCUGCCAUCCUGCGGCGCCGGAGGCAGGCUGGAGAGGCUGUUGGUGGUAGUGGUUCUUUGGAGUGGCUGGACUUGGAUGGAGACAUCACUGCUUCCCGUUUGGGCUGCUGCCCUUUGCUUUGGAAGGAGAGGAAAGUGCUGGGGGAGCCGUGUGAGGAGACCCACCCGCAGUUGAGGGAUGGAGAGACAUCCCACAGGGCCCAGAUUCACCAGCAGCAGUGCUACGUGGAAGGUUUGAGGCAGCAAAUCCUCGCAGGACAGAUCCAAGCUGAGCAGGAGCUGGAACUGGACCAGGCUCGCAUCAACCAGCAGAUUGAAGACAACCAGCAGUGGCUGCUCAGAGAAGAGACCUGGCUGGCCAGCUUGCAACAACAGCAACAGAAAGACUGUGUAAAAGAGAAAGAGCUUGAGGCCCCUGUGGUACUGAAUACUUGGCUUCAGACAGAUGCUGAGGUUCAACCAUCACCACUAGUCCGAAGCCAGAAGCGGGUGGUGCAGCUGCAGCUCUUGCGGAGACACGCUCUUCGGGCAGCAGAGCGGAACGUCCGGCGGAAAAAAGCCACGUUCCAACUAGAGAGAAUCAUCAAGAAGCAGAGGUUGCUGGAGGCCCAGAAGAGCCUGGAGCAACUCAAGGUGUUGUGCUGGCUCCAGGAUGACAGCUCCCAGGAGCCUGCAGACCAGGUCUCCAGCCCAGAUGCCACGGUCCCGGGGCCUCGACGCAGAAGCAAAUCAACAAGUUGCAGUUCUUUGAGCCAGUACUUACCCCAGCCACACAGCAUUCUCCUGCAUUGGGAUCCCUCCAUCACAUUACCACCUAUGCCUUGUCCUACUCGCCAAAUGUCAGAGCAAACGUCCUCAGAAGAGCAUUUACUCCAAGCUGCUGCUUACCCUCCAUGGAUGAGGAGGGUCAACAAAAAUGACCUCUGUUCCUCAGGCCAGGGACAGCUCUGUACAGCCAGGCGAGACAUGGCCAUGAAAGGAGCGUCAGCUCCCAGCACCUGCCUCGCUAUGAGCCCUGCAUCUGCCAGUGUCCAGGAAAUGGAGAGAGUAGGUAAGCAGCCCCGUCGGAAGGUGGCCCAGGACUCAGCAUCUCUGAGUCAACCAGCUAACAAGCUAAAACCAAAGGAGGAGGCAGAGGUCCUCACCCCUACCUCCCGGAGCAGAAGGGCUAAGGGAGUAAAAGGAUCUGGCUAUAUGCGAGCCGGGUGGCGAAAAGAAGGGAACCUCUCAACCCACAAGGUUGCCAGAGAAGCCAGUUGCAGCUCCUCUCAUCCCCGGGAACCCAAACAGACAUCUGGGCGUGGAAAGGCAGCCAAGACUUUCCGGGCAGACUCGAAACCAGCCUUUCCAAGCAGGGCAUCGAAUAGGCAGCCGAGGGUGCUGGCAGUAGUCAGAGACACUGCCCAGCAGUCCUGGCAUUUGCCUCUUGGCAGUCCUUUAAAGUGGCAGCACGGUGCAGGAGACCCAAACACUAUGGCCCCACUCACAGAUGCCAGCCCUGUAGUAGGUCAUGCAGGAGAAAAAGAUGGUGGUUUCUCUGACACACAUAGCGACUGCUCGGUGGAUUCUCUCUCCUGUGACUAUGCCAAAGCUCCAGCAAUGCUGCUGAAGCCCCAGGAGUCCCAGGGGAAGAAGCUGGGUCUCCCAGAGCCAGAGAACUCUGAAAGUGAUGAGAGCCAAAUAUCUGAAGACUCACUGACUGAAAGGGGUUACCAAAGCCAGAAAGACAGUACUGUGGGUAGUUAUGUCACCAGUGACCCUGGCUACCACAUGGACAGACUGAAAGCCUCUGAGAGGGACCACACCACACACACAGACAGCGGCUUACUUGCUCACACUCACAAGAGCUUUUCCUUGGAUAGUCUGAUUGAUGUUGAGGAAGAACUGGGGGAAGAUCAGCAAGAAGAACCUUUACUUGGUUCACCUGAUGAGAUGCCCACAGAAACUUUUUGGCACCUGCAGAGUUCCAGUGUGUCUGGAGUAGAUCAGGAGGUAACAAGCAAUUCAUUUUAUCUUGAUCAUCCUCCAUUGCAAUCCCAUUGCAACCCCGCUCCUGAGCCAGCGGCGGAGGCAUGCUGCUCAAAAAAGGCCUGCUCUCCCCCAGGCAUACUGCCAUCCAGAGGGAGCCCGCUGAUAUCCAUGGAUUCCUGGUUUUCUUGUGACUCAAAGAUCAACGCCAGCAACCCCCCAGGAACAGUGGGAUCGUUAUGUCUGAGUCCUGAUGUCCAGGAAUGCCAACCCUGUGGUUGGGAGAGACGAACUAUGGAAGAACUGAAGCUGUCAGGUGCGGAAGUUGUCCUGCCAUAUAGCUUCAAACGGCUCAAAGGGAGUGCUGAUCUAUCCUGCGAUGUCAGAGAUGAGUACACAACCUCUGCUUCUGAUAUGUCUAAACUGUCACUCUGGGAGACUCACCAACUUCUUCAGCCAGAAGCUGAUGGCACCUCUCAGGGAAGCUGUGGUCCUGACAUUGCAGAGCGGGGCACCUCUGAGGCAUCUAACAGCUCUAGUGUGUCCAACGUGUUGGCUGCCUCUGCCGCCUCCCUCACCCAUCUCAGCAGUACCUGUGAAAGGAACUGGUCUACCCUUCAGCAAAAGUACCUCCUUGAACUGUCUCAUCCUGUUCUCAAAGCCAUAGGAGAGCCCAGGCCGGCUUUCCCCUGCCUUGAGGAAGACUCUGGUUCCCUGGCCCAAUCUUCUGGCACAGCAGGAGAUACUUUCUUGCUGGUUGGACCUGGGCUGUCUAGCAAUUUGAAUGUCAACCAGUUUUCCAUCCAUCUAGCUGAAAGUAGGCACUUGAGAGCAGAGAAAGAAGAUAGGUUGACUGACAAAUCAGAAGGUACUUCACGUUUUUUUAGGAUUAGUGAAAAAGAGGUGAGUUAUAAUGAAACUUCUACAGCUGACUUAGAGUCCCUGGUUUCUGGAAUGACAAAUACACACGUUUUUGCAGCAGAGAUCCCAGAAUUGAUGGCAGAAGCACAUGAAAUCAGACAGAGCCAUUUGGAAGUGUGCUCUCAGGGGGGCAGGACUCCUGCACCAAUGGCUCCCUCUGAUAACUAUGUCUCCCUGGAGACCCCUUGUCACGGUAAUGGCGCCAUGACCAUCAAAGACCACCACUGGUCCCAAGGCUGGGCGCCUCUCAGGAAGAAUAUAGCAAGCCAGACAGGGCAACCAAGGUACAACAGCCACCACGCACUCCUGGAAGAAGAUGCAGAUUGCCAGGAGAGCUCCCAAGACACACAGUUUUCCUUUGCCGUUCCAUCGGAAUCAGAGCUAUACCUGCCCCGUGCUCCCUGGGAUCCGUUUCCAUCUUCCCUGCAACCACCUCCCUUGGAAACAUUUUAUGUGACCAAAAGCAGGGAUGCCCUAACGGAAACUGCCUUAGAGAUUCCAGCGUGCAGAAAAAUGAGGGUACGUUCGCCACCUCUCAGGGAAGCCUGGGGUAUCAGUCAUGACCACCAAAUCUGCCACGAUGCUUCUUUAAAGAAGAAAAGACCAGUUCUCUUGCAAAUCCAAGGCUCUGAGAUGGCCCUAUCUCAGCAGGUCACAGCACAGAGGCCAGCUGAUCUGAGCACUAGGGACACUGUCAGAGAAGUAGGGAAAUGUCCUACCAGUCGUCGAAAAGAAAGCCAUAAUUCUAUUUCCGUUGCUCAGAACAGACAUAUUUUCUCAUCUGUUGGCACAAGAGCAUAUAAAUUAGAAAAUCAAGUUCGAAUUUUAAAUAAAAAAGACCAGAACCAGGCCUUCGACAUGAACAGACAGUUUUCUUCUAGGGCCAGGUCUGAUUUUGUCUAUAAAAACAUCAAUUUAGGGCUUGAGAAGAACAUGCUAGGAGAAACGGCUAUUUCUUUGAAGUGCAGGCCAGUAGAUCACAGUGCCAACAGCCAAGUAAUAGUGAGUCAGGAUGAGAACCCUGCCCACAAGUGGGAAGGGAAGAUUGAAACUGGGCAUCUUAGAAAAGCUCUCCAUCCUAAAGACAGCUCUGAUGAGUUUAAGCUUCCAGGGAUAUACUGUACAUAUGAAAGAUUCCAGACAGUUCCAUCCAUUCCAGAAAGAAACCUCAAUGAGUGCAAGCAACCUAGAAAGUCACAAGAAAGGACAAAGGAAGAAUCUUCUGGAAAAAGACAGAAUAAAAGGGUUAAUAAUGAUGAUGAAAUGGCUAGGCUAAUUAGGAGUAUAAAGCAGCUAGAACAUAGCCUCUUGGAAAUUGGAUCCAAGCAGAGUAAGCAUCUACAUGCUUCCCACAUUCCAGGAGUCAGUAAAGAGAGAGUGUUCCAGGACCACGAGAAGGCUGACCAUAUCCUGAGGCCAGGUAGUCCUCGAGACCACUUGUCCUUCAAGGAUCAGUCACCUUCUCCAAAAGAGCAUGUCAUCUUGAGGGAUAGUGAAGCCAGAGAAAUGAAGGAACUUAGCAGUUGCCUUAGGAAAGAUCCCCGGGUGCAGAGUCCCUUCAAGACAAGAGAGUGUAUAGAAGAGAUCCAACUUGUGAGAGAGCCCACUCACUCAGCUGCAUUAGAUAGUUCUGCCAGGGAAGCGUGGGAUUAUUUAGGGACAUGCACAGCUCACAGAGAUCCCACCGAGACUUCCAUUCACCCAAGGAGAAGGACAGCAUUGGCCAGAACUUUGCCAUUACAGCCCUGGCAAGAGAAAGCUUCCCAAAAUGAGUGUCAGUUGUUCGGUGCAUCAAUUAGCCCCAAAGGGCAGCCCUAUGAUUUGACAGGUCUUGAGGAAUUGGAAAUUGUGGGAGGUUUCCAAGAAAACCACGUUGCUGAACACACAAGCAGUUCUGAGCAAGAGCAGCUAAAAGUUCAAGGCAGGAUUGGAGAAAUUAAUAUGCAAAUGGGAGGGAGCCUACAAGGGGAAAAUAAAAUGGGCUCAUCAACUCAGAAACUUCUUAGUCCAAGCCUGCUUUGUAUGAGCAGGUUUUUCAGCCAGGAGACUGUCUGCCCAUUGCUGAGCCAGACAGACACAUCAACAGCUGCUUCUUACCAAGACCUGAUGAACACGGUGCCCUUCAAUUCUCCAGGGUUGCCACAGAGCUAUUUUUAUGCACCUGACACUGUAGGCAUCUUUUCAGUUGACUAUGUGCUGGAUCCCACAGUGUUUAAGAUUCAUGACAGUCCCUUGGUACCUCGAGUUGAGCAUCAGGACCAGAGUGGAGACACCAGAAGCUACAGUCCUCCGGGACAUGUUAGAGGGAUCACCUCUGUCUCACACACUGCUUGGUGUGGUCCUACGAUCUCCAUGGCUCUAGGAUCUCUCGGUCAGUCUAGUAUUCCAGAGAGCAUUUCCCUUGAGGAAGAGGACAGGACUUUAGCAAGCACCAGCCCCCCAGACCAGGGAGCAGGUCUCAGAAGCACCUUCAUGGACGUGAGUAUCAGGGAGGGUUUUGAUUCUGCAAAAGAGGCAGCUAUACAAAAAGAAAGAAAGAGUCCACUGAGGUGGGUCUCUAGCCAACAUGAAAACAAAGUUGGCGGCCCCUUUGAAGAGGGUGACUUCCAAGACAGAAAGACAAGGCAGAAAGCAGAGAAUGAUGCCGAGAACUUCAGUCUCACCAGUGAUAACAUCUCAGAACCUGCUUCCCUGACCAAAGUUUCCAGUCCAGAGCCCAGGGUGUGGGAGCACUCUGUCCAUGCAUCCUUGUGCCUGGCUCUGUUGAAAGAGGUCAGACAGGCAAAGGCCCAGGGAAAACAGCUUAAUAACUUUGUGGCUAGGAGGACAGUCUUUCCUUACUAUGAGACUUUACUAGAACCAGAGUGUUCUUCCAGGGUGCCUGGGAUGCCUCAGUAUAAACAGAUGGACCAGCCAGAGUGGACCAGAGCCAGAAAUGAAGGAGAAGCACAGGAAUUUCAUGUGAGAGCUCUGUCUCCUGAACCAGGACAUCUGUUGGUGGAUGAGAGGAAAAUUCUUCAGACCACACCCCUCCCUGUAGAGGACUUCCAACUUCUGCCCUCCUCAGAAACUCAUGAAGGGACCUGGCUUCCCUCACAGGCUGCCUCCCCGGCUGCCCCUGCUUUAGACAACAGCCAUUUCACUGGAGAGCUGAGACAUCUCCUAGGGGGAGGUAAACAGUUUAUAUGUAAUUCAAGUUCUUCUGAAAUCAUUGAGAAGAAAGAAGCAACCAGAAAACCUUUCUCUCCUGGUCCUUUGGACUCAGAGGAGGGUAGGAGAGUAGAACCACAGAAAGUGGUGCCUGCCUUGUCUUCUCAGGCCCCCUCAUAUGACCCUGAAAUAAUGCCACAUGCACCAAGUGAGCGAGCCAUAUGUGACACUGCAGAUGGUGCUCCCCCUGACUGUCAGGAGAGACGCCCAGAGCAACAGGAGCUUAGCACCCAAGAGCCCCCCUAUGGAGGAGGAUCAGGGAACUUCUUAGUGUCUAAACAGGAAGGAAAAAGCACUUAUUUUGAAAGUCAGUCUGUACUUUCUGAUCAAAGUUCUGCAAGUGUCUCAGGACCAAAGCAAGACCAUGUCCAAUGUCUUGAUGCAACAGGUUUAGAAGAUGUCAUAGGCUUAGAAGAUGGGAGAGCAAGUCCUAAACCAGGGGCCCUCAAGCCUGGAGUUGUGAGAAGGGGUGAACUUGAAGAGCCCUCUCAGCAACAGUGUCCAAACAGGAACGGGAGUGUCGGGUCUGGGAUUACAGAAACCUGUAGAUCUGGCAGCAGACAUCCCAGGUUAAGUUCAUUGCCAGAUCCAAGAGCUAGCCUGGAGCCUGGGGGCGUUGGGGACGAGGCCCCAUUUAGGUGCGUAGGGGAAACUUUCCAUUGUGCCAGCUCCGGGAGCAUUGAUGGCAGCAGAGCUCUUCCUUCCCUGCAGCUCAGUGAUGCUCAGCCUGGUGCUGUGCACACUUGCUCUCCCUGUGCCAUCCCCUUACUGUGUCAUGGAAGUGGUGACCAGGAGAGGGACACUUCCCACCCACCCUGGAUAGUACCAUCCAGGACCUAUAGUGGUGACAAGAGAAGAGCAAGCCAUUCCAGGGAACCCGAUAUGCUCUUGGCACAUGGCCUGAAGCCCACAGACAUGAAUCUGGAGUUGGAGCCAGCAGAUUACAGCACUUUGGAGGCCUCGGUGACAGCUGCUGUCUCAUCUCCAGCUCAAGGUUGCAGUUCUCCUUUGGCUGCUGACAAGAGGACGGGUUCCCUCGCCCACUCAACUGCUGAGAAAAGCUCAAGGUCAGCAGAGGGUCCUGAGAGAAAGUCUGAGAAGAGAGCCAGCAUUGAGUCUGAGAAUGUACCACCUCUAGGCAUGUGCUCUGAGCCACUGAGGAAGUUUCAGGACAGCUAUUCCAGAGACCAGAACUCAGUAGUAUCUCAAACCAAGCCAAAACCACCCACAACAAAUAGAGGUCCAACUGCACAGAACUUCAGUGAAAGGUCUGUUGAGAAUGAGCUGGUGGCAGAACCACAGUGUCGUGGAUGUUUAGAAAAUACCUUUAGAUGCUUCUCAGAAAGGUCACAGCUUUCCACAGAGUCCAGAGAUCACAGUGCCUUGGAUUUUCAAGCCAAGUUUGUAACAAGCUUAAAACAUGUCAAAAAUCCCCGGGUUGAUAGUCCCUGGGAGGAGGAAGAGCAGCAAAGAGACCCUGCCCAGGACAGCAGUUGCCCACCUUCAGAUGAAGAUGGCUUGGGCGGUCAACUUAGAGAUGCCAGGACAGAGGAGGAAGUCGUGCCCCAGCUGGAAAGAUUGUCAUCAGACUUUGAAGAUUCAGCCAUUGUGGGUUUGGGGCAAAGCAGGCUGGGCCAGCCCUGCUCUGUCAGGGAGCAAUGGUCUUCCAAUCAUCGGGGCUCAGUUCCUGUGAUUGCAAUUGCCUGUCGCCCCAAAUGCUCCUUCAGGGCACCCCCCAGACCACAGUUCUCUGUGGUCAGCUCUUCCCGAUCUCUUCAGGAGCUGAACUUGAGUGUGGAACCUCCUUUCCCGACAGAUGAGGACACACAGGGAACUAACAGAUCAUGGAACCCACAUCCCAAGGACUGCUCAGGAGAGGUGACGGCCAGAGCUGCUCGGAAAGCUGGGGACUGCAGCCAGAAGGGCUCAUCUAAUUCCAACACUAGGACUGCUGAUCAUGGGCCAUUAAAACCUGUCGCCUUGCUGUACCCACCAUCUUCAGCUCCCUCAUGUAUGCCAACCCCAUCUAUCCUGACCAGCUGGAUGCCUGGCACGCUGAAGCAGGCCCACAAGGGAAGGCCUGAGAAACCUACUGGCCAGAGCAGGCCACAGUGCCUUCCUGAGGCAGACAAAAGAAUGUUACAUGUUGUCUCCAGUGACAUCAGUCCCUGUGUUCUGCCCUGGUGUUCAGACAGGCCUGAGUGCAUGAGCUGGAAGCAGUUUGUGUUUGGCAGUGCAGUUGAUGUCUCCAGCAGCCACACAGUCCAGGGCCUGACAUCAUCCAACGUGGCCUGGAGUUCCAGCAUGGACAAGGGUCUAGAAAACCAGAACACCCCCUUUCACUCCCAUCUCAGCUCCUGUGCCAAUGCCCAGAACCUGUCAAGCACACACAGCAGCACUGAGAAUGCCCAAGCUUCAAAUGAAGCUUCAAACAUAUGGGACCGCCACACUGUGACAGGUCCUGAAGGAGCAGACCAAGGGUCUCAGUUUAAGGGCCCCCCUGAUGAAGCAGGCUUGGAGAGCAAACCCUCAUUGCCUGGAGAACAUGCUGCAGGUCCAGUGGAUGAAAUGUUGCUGCUGUAUCCAUCAGCUGCAGACCACAUUGGGGGGCAGGCCAGAGUGGGCACCUUGGAGCAGGGCACGCAGACCCUAGGCUCCAGGCUCCACUGGAGUCACACCGAUGCCACCUCUGCUGCACCAGAAGCCAGUGCUUCGUUAGCCUCUCCUCUGGCCUCAUGGACCAGCAUGCACAACCUCUCUCUCCACUUGUCUCAGCUUCUCCACAGUACCUCAGAGCUGCUGGGGAGCCUCUCGCAGCCAAGUAUGGCCAGAAAGGAGCCAAAUACCAAGAAGUCUCCAGGCGAGGCCCCACAGGCACAUAGGAUGGAUGGCUGUACUCAGACCACUGCAGAUAAGGGUAGCCAGACUGACCUACCCUCACUGCCUCUGCCCCUCCAGCCACCAGAGACCAACCCUCAGAAAGUCAGUGUGAUACUUGAAGUGCUGGGCUCAGAUGUCUCAAUGGCACCAGAGAAGAGACAGGCAGAAGAAACAGAAUGGAAAGUGGCUGGGCCCUCAGAUCUCCAGAAAGAAAGCAUUCACUGCAGGCCGCAGCAGCCUCUGGUCACUUCAUCCCGUUUGAGGUUUCAGAAAGAGCCCCUUGAGCAGAAGCUCUCUCCUUUGAGCCUCCAAGAUUCUCCCACUGUUUUCCUGCCUCUUUGCUCCCAACCAGAGACAUCCUCUUGCCUGGUUGCCAGCAGCCCCAGCCCCAGUAUCUCUCGCUCCUCAGGGCUCUUUCCCAAUACUGCAGAGGCCACUGGGGAGCCUCGGCUCCAGAAGAUACUGGGCCUCCCAAGUGCCUUGUUGGUGGACAGGGCCUCCUCCCCAAUCCUCACACUUAGUGCCAAUGCGCAGGGGUCAGGCUUCCUCCCAGGCUCAGUAACUCCCUCAGCCCCCUCAGCCCCACCUCUUACAGGCCACCAGAAACUUGUCUCUAGCCCAGACCUUCCUCUUGAUGCCCCCACACCUCCCAUGGGUCAUUACCCGCAACCCAGUGAUGAGUUGAGUGACUCCCAAAGAGGCGAGGCUGUGUGUGGAGAAGGCGGCAGCUCCUUAGAAAGGAGGGACAGGACAGCCUUCCUUGAGUUACACAUGUUAGACAGCCCACAGCCUUGCCCAGAACGCCAAGCUGGUAUUUUAGGACAGUCUCCUCAGCAGCUUGAACCUGGGACCACCCAGGCGGUGCCCACUUGGGUACAGAAACUGCCACUUCCCCUGCUGAGGAACAGAAGAUGGAUGCUGGCUAAGAGUGAUGCGAAUGAGGAGGUGGUUUCUCCAGAGUGUGACCCACUGAGCAGCCGGGGUCCAAGUCGAUCUCUGGAGGUGUCCUCUCCACAGGGAGACACAAAGCACCUCAGCCCCUGCCCAGGCUCCGAGUUGACUGAUAUCACAGGUCUCCAAGAUUCCACCUCGGGCCCAGCUAGGGUUUGCCAACCUGAGCGGCUGCUGAGCCCUGAUUCCCAGACGUGCUCAGCCCCUGUACCCUCACACCACAGCUUGGGGGACCUUCCAGUGCAUAACAAAUUCAGUAACUGGUGCGGGGUUUGUGAUGACUCUCCUGGGGGGUUGAAUAUGACCAAGGAGUUGGGGACCGGAUGUGAUAUCAGCUCUGAAGACCAAGAAGAGAGGCCCCCACACACUCCUGAGGACCAGAGCCAGAUUCCCAAGUGGACCCAGAGGGAGCAGAUCCCUCUGCAAGUUGGGGCCCCGAACUUCUCUGUCAGCACGGAACUCACAGAAGCGAAACUGCACCACGGCUUCGGGGAGGCAGAUGCCCUGCUACAAGUGCUGCAGAGUGGGACAGGGGAGGCACUGGCUGCCCACGAACCUGUGCACUCCGGCUGGGAGGAGCUCUAUGCUCGGCAAAAAAAAGCCAUCCAAACCCUCUGGAGAGAGCGGACUGAUCGACUUCAUAACUUCCGCCGGACACGAAGUCUGAGUCCCCAGAAGCAGUUGAGCUUCCUAUCCAACUUGGACUUCCCCAGCCGGCGCCGAGAAUAUCUGCAGCAGCUGAGAAAGGAGGUUGUGGAGACCACCAGGAGCUCAGAGGCUGCACCUCGGUCUGCUCAUUUGCCCUCUGACAUCGAGCUGAUGCUGCGAGACUACCGACAGGCCCGAGAAAAAGCCAAAGUGGAGAUUGCUCGGGCCCGGGACAGGCUUCGUGAGCAGACUGAACAGGAGAAGCUGAGAAUCCGCCAGCAGAUUGUCUCCCGGCUGCUGAGGGAAGAGGAAAAACUACACACACUGGCCAACUCCAGCCCCCUGUGCACUAGCUCCAGUGGAAGUCUCUCCUCUGGCUACAACAGCAACCCGACCUUGUGUGGCCAGCUCCCAUCCCCAGAUAGCCUGGGAGACACAAACUUGUCUGAUUCAAGAGACAUCUGGAUAGGGGACGGACGGGGCCAUUCUGCAGUAAGGAACAAUCACCUGUAUGUAGCUGGAGGCUCCCUGGGCAGUUGCUGCUGCUCCCCAUCCAGCCUGUCCAGCUCAGGGACCUGCUUCCCCUCCUCCUACCAGGACCUGGCCAAGCACAUCGUGGACACCUCGAUGGCUGAUGUGAUGGCUGCUUGCUCGGAUAACCUGCACCACCUCUUCAUGGGCCAGGCAGCAGCUGGUUGGAGCUAUCAGGGUGAAGAGCAAGAGAUACAACUUUACUACAAGGUGUUUUCUUCCACUCGGCACGGCUUCCUGGGGGCAGGAGUGGUGACGCAGCCACUGCCUCAGGUGUGGACAGCUGUGAGUGACCCCACACUGUGGCCCCUGUAUCACAAGCCCAUCCAGACAGCACGGCUGCAUCAACGGGUAACCAACAACAUCAGCCUGGUAUACCUGGUGUGCAAUACCACCCUUUGUGCAAUGAAGCAGCCACGGGAUUUCUGUUGUGUCUGUGUGGAAGCCAAAGAGGGGCAACUGUCUAUCAUGGCAGCUCAGUCCGUGUAUGACACAUCCAUGCCACGACCCAGCAAAGAAAUGGUCCGAGGGGAGAUCCUGCCCAGUGCCUGGAUCCUGCAGCCUCUUACAAUGGAAGGGAAGGAGAUGACCAGAGUCAUCUACCUGACUCAGGUAGAACUUGGUGCUCCAGGCUUCCCUCCUCAGCUCUUGAACUCUUUUAUCAAACAGCAACCACUGGUGAUAGCUAGACUGGCUUCCUUCCUUGCCAUCAAGAGCCAGGACUGGCUCUGGCCCUGGCCAGCCUUGGCCUAUGGUGUUCAGAACCCAGCAGCCACUGGCCAAGACUCCCAGAGCUAA